AUGGAACUCUCGGAUAUCACGACGGAUGAGAGCAUUCGGGCAUCUCCCCAUCAACUGUUUCUACCCGGCUGCUUUGUGGUUCUCCAAGGCAUUUCCGGUGAUGGACUGCCCAAUACGAUCGAAUCUUGUCCCGAAUAUCAACCAGAAGACGAAGAAGACGACGAAGGAGCCGAGCCAAUGGAAACCGAAACACCCGCUGGAGAGGAAGUACCUCCUUUGGAAGAAGACCAUUUCCGACCAGACGCAAACCUCACGACAACCACCACUACAACCAACACUGCCGUGGCACCUGCUACCACCACCACCACAAACACAACCACCACCACAGCUCCUGGGGUUUCACGACAACCCACAGCUCCAACUACUGCCACGAGACCAACGAUUAACACUACGACACCCAGCAGUCCCAAUUCAUCGUCUCAUCAGUCUCCCGACGAUGCUUUUGUCGUCUUAUCCUCGGGAUCCUCUACCGAACCACCCCCCACACCCACCCGUACCACCCAAAUUUACAGGCGUCCCAAACAAGAACAAGCCAUUCAAGAAUGGACCCAAUCCAUCCGAGAACAACAACGCAACCAACGACUCGAAUGGAGACAACAACAACGACAACACUCGCAAGAACCGUUGCGCACCGAAACGGAUUGGUGGUUACAUUCUGAUUCCGGUCAAUUGUGCCUCUGGGAUGCCUUGCCCCGGAUCCAAGCGGGGACCGUCGUGACGGGACAAAGCCUAGGAUCGUUGCCGCCAGGAUCCACCGUCAUGGCCACACGAUUGUACACACUCGAUUCGGAGUCACUUGAAGUCGUGCUAGUUGAUGGAGAGGAGGAAGGAACGAAUGCUGCGCCACCCCUGGCUCCAUCGAUUGGAUGUAUUCAAGUCUUGGAAGUUCAAAUUUCCAAUAAUAAUAACAACAAUCCGCCACCUCCCGUACACGGAUAUGCCUUUAUGGUACCUGGGAUUCCCUCUCUCUACAUGGACCCACAAGUAUGGUGGUGGCGUGUCACCUGCAAAGUCGGAGCCUAUUUACGCUCUGGACUCGAAUUGUCGUCCGACCACACGUGCACCAUUCCUUUUGGAUCCUUUGUCCAAGUCACACGAAAAACCGUCAAUCGCAUGGGACUCUCUCGAUUACGGGUCGUGGCACAAUCCUCCAUCAAAAAUGCGACCGAACCAGUCGAAGGAUGGUGUUCGGAAUUUUUAAAUCCGCUUUCGGGACAACGAGGACAUGUCGUGCAGCCAUUGCCGUUUCCGGUACCCGCCGUCUACCGUGUGACAUUGCCCGAAGGAGCCGUCAUUCGAGAACAAGUCGAAUUAUCGUCGCGACAAAUCGGCCACGCACCGCAGGGCACGUUACUGACCAUUGUCAAGCGACAAUUUUCGGAGCAUCCCCAGGAUCAAUGCGUGGAACGAUUAAAGUUGGCCGGGGGGCGUCAUACCGCCGGAUGGAUCAGUGUCCGGCUCAAUCAGCUGCCGCCCGAUAACAAGUGCGUGGUGGAAUUGGUCGGUGUCGAUUCCCGAUUUACUCCACACCAUCCCGGAGACUUUCAUUGGGAUGUACUCAAGGCCGAAUACGUGCGACAACAAGAAGAAUCGGCAUCCACACCCAUGCGUUCGAGUGGUGACAUUUCGUCCAUUGGGAGUAGCAGUGGGUCGGAUCAUCAUCAUCAGCAGCGUCCGAAAAAGUCAACCACUACGUAUGCUCCGUCGCGUGGUCGACAACCUACCACGGACACGUGUUUGAUUUGUUUGACGGAGGAACGCAAUGCCACGAUUGUUCACGGAGAAACGGGGCACAUUGCGUGCUGUUUGGUGUGUGCUCGUAUAUUAAAAGCACGAGGCGAUCGAUGCCCAGUUUGUCGACUGGAGAUUGAUUCGGUUAUUCAACAUUUUUGGGCUUGA